AUGAACGACAUCCCACCCUAUCCUCUCUACAACCGCACAUACAACCUCUAUCGCCUAUCGCCACUCCAUCAUGGCGAAACCCCCCUGCUCGCCGGACGCACCCUUCGCACGCAUGCAAAGCGACUGAAGGAGCAGCUGAAGGGUGACAAUGUACGUGGUGUUCAGGUGGACUUCGCCAGCGCCGAAGACACAGCCAAGCUGGGUCCGCUAGAAGAAUGCAGCUGGGCCCUGCUUGGUGACGAGGAUUCGUGGAUUGACCACCAUCGUCAAUUGCAGGACCCAGAGGCCUCACAGUCCUCACAACCAUCACCACCUACGGAGGCGCGGGGUAUCGAAGUGAGCCUCGAGUACGAGAAGCAGUCAUACAAUGCUCUUCUCCUACGAGACUCCACUAACGCCGUCGCCCCAGACGGCUUCUCGGCACUGCCAUUGCUGUUGGUCAAGAUGCCAGGGCCAGUACGAGAGGUCUUCUUGCAGUACCUACGGACAACAUUCGACGCGUAUGUUGCACCACUGAAGCUUCCGUCGACGUUCAUCACAGCGAGUAUGGAGACAUACUUCAAGCAUCUGUCUGCUAGCGCCUCUACACAAUCAAUCCAAGACGUCGUCCGUCAGCUCAACAUACAGCUCGCCUUCCCCGACACGACGACCCUUGUCAAACACAUCGAUGUCACUAUAGCCGCCGCCGAUGUUCCUGGUUUCGUCACACGAGGAAAGCAUGCACGCGAUAACCCCUUUACAGCAGCCUUGUCCAGCUACCUCGCCAAACACCUGGCACUCGACGUGUCACACCCCAAGGUGCAGGUAUCUCGCAUAUCAUGUAACAGUUUCCACCUAGGUACGGAGCGCCUGAAGCUCGCCGCGCCGGAUACGCUUGCCGAUACGUCUUUUUCAGAUGAGGGUGGGGCCUCCCAGGAUGCCAGUGCAGGCCAGCUGGCUGUGGAGGAAUUUCUUACGUCACUCGCCCGAGAAGCUGCCGGCAGCGGAAAGUUCUUGCCAGACGAUCUGUCGACCGGCCCUGUAGACAGUACGUCAUCUUCGACUACGAGUGCAAAGGCUGGCAGGAGGAAACGAACUACCAGCACGGCCACGACAGCAAACGGCAACAACAAGAAGCGCUCCAAGGCGAAGAGCAAGGAGACAGACGAAGACACGGAUGGCAUCUGA